AUGGAAGGAUUGUCGUCACAAGAGCUGCAGGACGAUGACUUUGACUCCAAGGAGCAUCAGGCCUGCUACGUCUACACGCCAGAAGAUCGAGAUGACCGACCAACUAAACGUCGCCGUACGGUAAAAGGGAAAACCAAACAAACCGAGACAGAAAGUGCACAAGAAUCAAGUAACAAAUGUCCAUUUCCGGUUCUGCUUAAUGGAGGCGAAAAGGAGGAAAUGGUCAAGUUGCGAUAUGAGACGUAUUGCCGACUAUGGGGGGAGCAACAGGAGAGGACAAAUACGAUUCUCCAAUCUUUCAAUAAUAAAACGCUCGAAGAUGUUUCCGGAUUUGUUAAAAGCUCUACAGCGGAAAGUUGUGAUGGGAAAAUACCUACAGCCUUAAUUUUGACCGGCCCAAACAUCGCAUCGCAUGCUCCCCUUUUUGAACAACUGGCUAGUCGUAUACGGGACGAAGAGAAGAUUGGGCCGGUUGUUAUCCUCACUUCAAAAGAUGCGACGAAUUUGAAGAGCAUAUUGAAAAAGUUGAUCAGAGAUGCUACGCAACAGGACGAAGGUAUAGACGAUGAAGAGGAAGAGAUUGUGGGGCGUAGGGGUUCGAAGCUUCUCAAUUACGACCUUCAGAUCUUACAAAACUGGUGCAAGUUGCAUGAAGGGCAAAAGGUCGUUAUUGCGAUACAAGACACGGAAGCAUUCGAUGGAACUAUCCUCUCGGAUUUGGUUUCUCUAUUCAGCGCCUACAUGGAUCGCAUACCCUUCACUCUACUCAUGGGAAUUGCAACCUCCGUUGAAAUAUUCCACGAGAAGCUUCCAAAGUCUACCAUUCGUUUGAUGAAGGGCGACAAAUUCGACGUAGAGCGCGCUGAGGAAUGUCUCGCACAGAUUUUCAACGACUCGAUGGUCGGAGAAAACCCGAUCUUGAGGCUUGGCCCAACAGUCUGUGAUUUCCUACUUGUACGAUAUAGAGACCAUAACCAGAGUAUUCAGGCCUUCGCAGGCGCGCUUAAGUACGCAUAUAUGUCGCAUUUCUAUGCCAACCCUCUCAGCAUCAUUCUUGCAUUUAUGGAUAAAUUGGAUGAUCUAGGGGAGUUAUUGACACCAUUACACAUUGAAGCUAUCAGGAAUGUUCCUUCAUUCAAAAGAUACGUUGAGCAAAAGCUCAACGACAGAGAUGUCGCUGAAGUUCGCAAGCUUCUCGGGGACGAUGACCACGUCCGCUCAACUGUCAUAGCAUCUGCUGCCGUUUGCCGUUCCUACGCAGUUUGCAUAGGCCAGGCCCUAACGGUACUUGAGAUCGCCCGCAGCUGCCAGGUGAAUCAGAACCGGAUCCCUCGAUAUGAGCUAUACGCACAGGUCCUUUCGGGAGAGCUCCAUAGUGGCACCCCCUUGGUUCGAGAUCUCUUACUAUCAAUGAAGAAGAUGAACUCUACCUCCCUCUUGAAUCUCCUCGACAAAGUCACCAAAGAGGUACAGGUACCCUACCUCAUUGAGAAGGUGGCCCCAUUGCGUGAAAGCAUCAUAGCCCUUGUAGAAGCAGCCGAAAGCUCUGGGAAGAAAACUCUCAACAGUGAGUUCAACGUGACGAAAGACUCGCUUCGUGCUACAGCUGUAUCGAAGCGGAUCCAGCUCGGGGAGCAGAAAUCAGCAUUAACAAAGGAGGACACGGAGUACUCCAAGUUAGUCCAGCAGGUCCAUGACGUCGCCGAGUCCUAUUUCAAGGAGAACCUAAAGGGACUGCAAGGGCUAUUCUUACACGAGCUAUUCUUUUACGAUCUGAUCUCCCCGCAUCGUGAUGUAUUUGCACCAAGAUCCCGCUCAACCGUCGAACGAGCACUAUCAGCGCCACAAGACUACCUCGGCUGCGAGUGCUGCACCGACGAGAGCGGCGAGGAAGUCGGCAUCAAGGCCACCCAGCCGCCCGCUAGCAUCAUAUACCAGCUAUACCUAGAAUCCGGCGCCCUGAUCAACAUCUUUGACCUGUGGAGGGCCUUCUACCAAGUAAUUGGGGGAGACGAGGGCGAGGACUGCGACGAGGCAACUGCACAGGCCUUGGCAGAGAUGCGGUUCUUGGGGCUGGUCAAGCAUACCAAGAAGAAGGCAGACCAUCUGGCGAAAUUGGCAUGGAAGGGACUGUAA